AAAGAAAGCCAAGGAAAAGAUUUGUCACAGCAACUGAAUAUCUUACUCUUGAAGCUGCAGGAAUCAGCCUCAAAAGAAGCUGGUUUUCUCAGAUAAUUCUUAGAUGUACUCUUCACAAAGAAUCACCAGUCAAGAUCAUUCACCUGCAGAAGGAGUUGAGGCACUCCACAAGAUUAAUUCAGUCAGAUGCAGCAAACAGUGGCUUGUGUGAGAGUCUGAGUAACCGUUUCCUGGUACAAAGCACAAUUUAAAUUGGAAACAAGGAGCAUGCAGAAGUUUGGAAAGUCAAUCCCUAAAGGAAUGUGUUGCCCACAAUGUUUUGUUCAAAGGAACAAACAUUUACAGAAUGUGUUUUCAAAUAGAGAUUUUUCAUGUUUUAGUUAAAGCAUUUAGCAGUGUGAUGACAGAAUGGAAAAAAUGAGGUCCUCAUUUCAAAAGGAAGAGUUUGGGCAUUACUCUGAGGAGAAGGACCAUGACAGGAGAUAAACAGAGCUUGAGAUAACCAAACCAGGUGCUGACGAAAGAACAGAAGUGUGAUUCACUUGGCAUAGAAAUGCUCUUUUCUUCUCAUGGACAUAAUGGACAUAAGUUUGCUCAUCACUGCUUUGGAAAUGAAACUAUAAGCACAAACAUGAGAUGGUCAGAGCAUGUGGCUGCAGUGGUAAGCGCACUGUGGAGCCAGGAGAUGGUCUUGUUACAAAGCAGAAAAGGAGUUAGAAGAUGCAAGCAUACCUGAUGAACAAGUACACGGUGCUGGAGAAGAGAAUUUGGACCUCAGAAUAAAAGAACUGGAAAAGUCAGAGCAAAAACUGAGAGGUGUUCUAGAGCACUACGUGGAGUCAGAUUCUGUCCUAAGAAAUAGGAUGAAAGAGCUGGAGCUAUCACACAAAGCACUUCUUGUGAUGAUCGAUCAAUUAAAUGUGAAGUUGCGCCAGGUUGAAAAUGCAAAUGUGCGUGUUAAAGGGAAACUGAGACACAUUCAGGAGGACCUGAUCAACUUGGUCGAAACCCAAGAAAAGUCAGAGAAGAAGCAAAAGGAAAAAUUACGUUGGCUUCAGGAGCAGCUGAAGACAAAAGAUGAUGAAAUAAAAAAACAGUCAGAGUAUUUUGAGCACUACAAACAAAGGCAGAGACAACAGACAGCAGUGCUGAGAGAAAGGGAAUGUUGCCUUCGGAGUGAGGUAUCUAGUCUGGAAAAGCAAGUCCUAGAUCUUAGUGCCCGUGUUGCUCUUUUGACAUCCGAGUUAGAAGGGGGAAUGGUGCAGUAUCUCCAGCAGAAGCUAGAAUCAGCAUUCAGUGGGACUCAGGGCUAUAACCACUCUGAUGUGGAAAUAAUGGAAUUGAAAACUUGCAUUGAAAAUGUGGAACAUAACAUGAAAAGCCACCUUGAGGCAUUGCAGCAAAAUCUGGAGUUCUUAAGGGAAAAAGAGGGCAACAGAAGAGAACAGGCAGACCUUCUGACUGAACUCCAGUGCUCUCAGGACACUGAAGACUUUCUGAGAAGAAAAUUAGAAGAAUCUUGCCGUCAUGUGUAUAGUCUGAAAUUAUCCGAAAUCAAACUGCAGGAAAAAAUGGAAGAACUUUUAGAUGAAAAUAGAGCUUUAAGAGAUCAAGGUAUGAUGAAGUUGAAAAAGAAAGAAAAGGACUCACGACUUACAAGAACGAAGAAUACAGACAGCAGUGUUGACCUGAAUGGAGAUCUAACCCAGGAUGACAUUCAAAAUCUGAAAUGGGGAGCAGGCUUGGAUUCACUCAGAAGCAGAUCUACUCAGACUCCAGUUGUGCUGCUACAUGCGGAAGAGUCUGAAGCACCAGGAUGCAGCUAUGAUGGGCUAAAACAGAUAGAGAGGCUACCGGAAGAACUUCUACACAAUUCCAGUGCCUUUGAGAAAGCUGCUGGUCUAGCUGAGGUUGAGCAGGUCAUCCUUGGAACAAAGAGGGCUCUAGAAAAUAAUUUGUCUUUGUCCAAAUGUACUCCAAGUUAUUGUGCAGCAAGACUGCUUCUCCCUAGCUCUGAAAAGUUAACUGAUGGUGAGACAAGUAAGGAAACAAAAGAUGAAGAAAACUUCUUCCUCUUGAAGGAACAAGCUAUAAAUCUACCAGCAGAUACAUUCCCUAUUUCUGUGGUUGAAACUUUGAUGAAGAAGAAGCUCCAACUUACCUUGCUAGAACCUGAAAGCUACCACAUACCAGCUGUCAGCACUGUGAAGAAAGUGAGGAGUUGUUUGGAUUUCUGUGAGGCAAAUACCAGUCUUUGCUCUGAUGGCCUCUGUCUUGUUGCAGAAGGAGGAUUUUCUGACAAAGCUUCUGCGCUUCUUUGUGGAAAGAUGCCUUGUACUGUGACUGAAAUCUUCACAUUGUCUCUAGAAAAAUACAAUGGAGAAAAACACUGGGAAAACAAGCAAAUUCUGUCAAAAAACAUAGGUGAAAAUAAAUGUCUGGAUAAAGAUGUCGAUGAUGGAAAGUAUGACCAAAAAGUCUUUAGAGGCAGAGUUAAAGGAGAAGAAAUACAGAAUGAGAAAUCCCAACCACAGCAGGUGACCUGUGUUCCUGAGGAAAGUUAUAAAGUUUUAAAUAAAACUGAUUUGAUCAGGUCUGGGAAGCAAGGAAUUAAAGCCAAAGACAGCCUAAGUAGCUCACAGGAUGUCCAACAUUUAUCUGUUGGUUUUAAAGACUUCAAGAAGCAUUUUGAAAGGAGCCUUAAACUAAUGGAGGAACAAGGAAAUCUCUCAGAAAUUUGCAUUUCUGAUGUGAAUAGGGUAUGUAAUAGAGAAGAUGUGAUCGAAAUGGAGGAGGAAGGAGAGCAACCUCAGAAACCAACUCACCAAACAAACCCUUCCAGCAAUAUUGGCCUGAAAGAAAAAGAAGACCAGACCCUGAAACUAUGUAAACCAAACAAGAAUUUCUCAUGUCAAAAAAUAGCUGCUGAAAACAUGCAAUAUACAUACUCUCAAAAAUAUUUUUGGUCAGAGGAAGAGAGGCACCUGUUAAACAUGUUGUCUCCUAUGCGGGAGAGGGCUGUGUGCUUAAACAAACUGUUCCUGCCAGGGAGCAGUUUUUAUGAGUGUUUCUGUCACCUGUCACUGCUGGAAGCUAGUAAUGAAUGUAACAUGAAAAUAUAUGCACUGGAGAAGGUGGUGGCUGUGUGUUCUCAGAGGAUAUUUCUACUGAUGCAAGAGAAUGAAAAUUACUCAAAAAGAGUCUGUAUAUUACAAAAGGAGAAUGAGAGAUAUGCUCAGAUGAUGCAUGCACUUGAGGAGGAGAUGGAUGCGUAUUUUCAGUACAUGUUAGCCAUAGAUGAAGUUAACAUUGUUUCAUUCCAAAAUCUACUUAAUGAGAAAGAAGUUGCGGGUGGAUGUUAUAACUUAUCAGAAGAAAACGCUAUAAGCCCAGGAGCAUUUUGUAUUGAAACCUUCUCUAAGAACCUCUCAUGUGUUGAAAAGAAAAAUAGGAAUUCUGAAAAAGACUCAAAUAAACUUCCCAGGAGUGUUUUAUCUACGGAUGGAAGGAAAAUGAGAUAUUUCCAGCUGCUCUCUGACCUGAAAGAAGAAAGAAGCCGAUGCUUCAAAGAAAUAGGUAAAUUAUUACAAGACAAGGAGAAGUACGUAGCUAAAUAUAAUGAAUUAAUCCAAGAGAGAGAGGGAAUUUUACAAAGAAUAUCUCUUUCAGAAGGUGAAAAAGAAACUUUAUUGGGAUGUUUGGCAGAGGUAAAGUGUGAACGAGACAAAUACAGGACCUUGGUUUCAGAACUUCAAGAGUACAAAAGCAACUGUUAUCAAACUGUUUCUGAUUUACGGGAGGAAAACUGUGUGCUGAAAAGAGAAAUAGACAGAAUCAAGAAAGAAACUUCAGAACAGCUUGAUGAAUUUCAGAAAGCAAAUGCAAACUUUAUUUUAGAAAAUAAGAAAUUGAAAGAAUUCAUAUCAUGUUUGGGUUUCACCUAUGAAGAGCUGAGAAAAGAUAAAAGUUCGGGAACAAAAGAAAAGAUAAUAAAACUAAAAGAAGAAAGUCAACAACAUGGUCUUAAGCCAAAGAAAGUUGAAACAGCAUGUAGUGUAACUCAGACUGAAGAAGGAGUUCUGGUUGUAGACCCAUCGAUCUAUUAUCCCAGAAAAGAGGACAGCAUGUUUGAAAGCUACAAUAUGAUGAAAGAGCAAGUUGAAAAGGCAAAAGAGGAUCUAAAAAUACAGCAAAAGGAAUUAGAAAAAUCAAAAAAAGAGGCUCAAAGGUGGUACAGAGAACUUGGCUUUGCUGAAACAAGAUAUGAAGAAAUCAAAACUCGUUUGACACAGACUCGUUCAGAACUAGACCAUCUUAAAAAGGAAUCUGGGGACAAAAUGCUUGGAAAACAGCACUGCAAAUUAAUGCCUGUGCACACUGUAAAAGAUGUCCAGGAAAUAGAAGAGAAUAAAAUAGUCAACAAGAGAUUACAGCAGCAAAUUCUGACCUUGAAAGCCCAGCUCAGGGACCAGGCUGCAUUAGAAAAUCAGUGUCAUGACUUGCAGAAUGAAGUGGAACUCCUUCAGGCUCAGCUAUGUGAAAAGGAAAAAGAACUUCAGAAGAGAAAAUCUGAAAUUAAGUUGACACUAGCUCCUCUGAAGGCUAAGCUGGCUUGCCUCACCCAAAAGUGCCAGGAAAGGAAUAGCUUCAUCACAAGGAUGCAUGGCGAAUUUCACAGGCGAGGAAUUAUUAACCCUGCAUUUGAUGAAGAGGUGAAAAACUUGGUGCAUGACAUGGCCCUGGCAGAGUACGCAGUUGCUUUUACACCAGUGUGUGUUCAAGAGAUGCUGCCUUCUUCCACAGAUAAGUCACAGGCCCAUGGACAACCAGAGGAUCAUAAGACAUAUGUCAAAGUGAAUGAGAUGGCUGGGUCAAUACCUGCAAACUCUCAGCAAGAGGUGGAUAGCAUCCACAGUUCUCGCUUCACUCCUGACGUGUAUGCUGGUUCUAUAAAAUUAACAAGCCCAGAGAGGAUCAUAGCCUUGCAUCGAGAGCUAAGACAAAACCAUCGCAAAAACUGCCAGAUACCUUCAGUUGUCUCCUCCAACUCCAGUCUGAAGGCUGACUUCAACCUGCCCAUGAUCCACAAGGAAACCCCUCUGCUGUCAAGGAUGAAGAAUGCACUGGUGUCACCAGAGCAUAGUGCCUUCUGGGCCACGAAGGGGAGGGAUCAGUUGUCGAAAUGUGAUGAUGUAUUUUGGGGUCAAAUAGGAAAUCAGCAUGCAGGUGCUAUUCCCCAGGGAAUGAAACAGAAAAAUGCCAUUAUGAAUAAGGCAUGGUUCUCUAGAGAAAAAACAGAUGGCUCAACCUCAGCUACCACAGCAAAAAGCUAUUUGUCAGACGUGUUGUCAGCAAGUAAUAAAGGUCGAAAUCCUGUGGGGAGCAAUCAGCUGCAUGGGAAAGAAUAAAACCCGCAGAAAUAAAACAAGUACUCACUGGGCCAGUUCCAGAGCUGACAAAACUUUUGGAGGGAUGAGUUUGCCAGUGGGUUUGGUCUACAUUAUUAAUCAGUGGGGAGAGGCAGCCUGAUGGUUCGUUCAGAGAGAUGAUGAUGAAUUAGGAUGUUGCCAUAUGACUUUCAUUGCAGAAUACAAGGGAAGAAUGUAUCAGUCACGAAGAAGAAGCAGUACUGCUCUGAAGGAAUGAUGAAAGGGACUUGGACCUGCUGGUGACUGCAGCUGCUUCAUUAUGGGAAAAACUGGGAAGUUACCUUGAGUUACCAUCUGUCACAUUUUAGCCACCUCCUGUAGUAGAAGCUGGCCAUGUGGGCCAACCCAAUGUGUGGUUUGAGUUUUCAUUCUGUUUUCUUUUCUUGGGAUCUCAGCAUUUUCAAGAAAUUAUCCAGUUAAGCACAGAUCUCAGUCUUCACGUGUUUAUGAGUGUGGGCAUGUAAUAUCUUGAGCCUCAUAUGGCUUUGAGCAUUCCUGAAAGAGUCUUUGAUCUGAGUUAGGAUGUUUAGUAUUUCUGAGGACGUGGUACUUGAGGGUAAAAAACUGUUUAGGAAAUGAGACAACUGCAUUUUUACAAGGGUAAGUAGGAAUUAGGAAUGCACUUCAUGCGCACUGAGAGGCACUUAGAACAUCAAAGCGCUGUGUCCUAAUACUCUAGAUUGAUUGUUUCAAUCUCCUGAAUAGGCCACGUUUAAUUUAACUUUCAGAUUAAGGCAUUCACAUGCAUACAUGCUUUUCCUGAAAUAGGUGGGUUUGUGCAAACUGGUUGGUAAUGGUACACGUGAUACAAACACAUUUUGUAUCCACACUGCACAAUACGGAUUUGUGCCCCCAUGAGCCAUACUGUUCACAUCUGAGUACCCAUCUGUGAGGGCAGGGAGAUGGAAGUGCAGGCUCAAGACUUGUGCAUAAGGGAUCAUAUGAUACAUCCAUUCCUUCUUUAACUAAAGUCACAUAGUACUAUUGAGGUCAGUGGUAAUACUCGUGUUGAACCUGAACAGGAGCAGCUGUGGGUACUUCUCUUUCAAAAUAUUCCUUACAAUGUAAUGCACCUUCAGGUUUGCUAACCGUUUUAUCAGUUGUAUUUCCUCUUUUCUUUUUUAAAUGUUAACCUAACUGCUAGAAUGCACUGUCUUUACGGUCUUUAGUCACCCAGUAAUUCCAGAUAGCCUUUGAAAGGAGGCAGAAGGAUAAUAAAUUGUGGAAUCCCAGAUCAGAUUAAUGUAAUGUGCAUUUCUAGAUUAUGAUUAGUAACAAGAUGACAUGUUGGCAUGGUAACACUUGAAGCUUAACUACAAGUUCUUAAAAUAAAGCAAUGACAUAUAUGUAGGUUUCUAUGCAUUUGCAUACUAUCCACCUGAAAAUACACAUCAUUUCCACAACACUCAGGCAAUGAAACCCUACUUCUCACUUUUGAAUUAAGUAUCGAACUAAAACAUUAUGCUUCUUUCCUAGUAUUUAUGCAUAAUCUCCAACCAUAAAUUAUAAAUGUUGAUAAUAAACCUGUCCAUUUUGUAACAUCUUAGGCAUUCCGCCUUUUAGUUUCACCUUGAAAUGAUUAGCACAAGGAAUGUAGAACACGCUUCACUCUUAGUGGUUUGAAGCACAUUGAUCUCCUUUAAAUUCUACCACCUCCUAAUAUGAAAAUUGUCUCACCGAUACUGUUUAUUAAUUAAAUUGAUAGGCCAGUGGAUGUAUUUCAUGUGGUGGAGGAUCAGGAAUUAAAAUCCCAACUUUACCUCAAAACAUUGUAAGAAAGCAGUAAAAUUUUUAAUGUGAGAUUACUAGCUAAGACAGAGAGCCUAGCUAUUGUUUUCUAGUUGCCUUAUGGUGAAAAGUGCUAUCUAAAAGUUAUGUUAACAGAAGUUAACUUGUUUAAUGUGCUUUCUAUGGUAAAUGUGCCAGGGGAUGCUUCACAUGUAUCAUUGUUCUGUGUUAAACUUUCUCAGAAUGCAAAUUUGGGCCCUUUGUUCUGGUUGUGUAAUAUGCACAAUGUUGCUUUGACCAAAUUCCUUCCAGUCAAAAUUAAGAUGCUGCUAAAUUCUGCAUAAGUAAAUACAAUCUUCUUCUGUCACCCUACACAGAGAAAAUGGGCAGUGUCACAUGGAAAAUAUGAUUUCUUGACAGUUCACAUAUAUGUAUACUCUACUGUAUAAAGCAUUGCAGGAUAUGGAGAGUAUGGCUUACAGUAUUUCCACAGUUCCUUGUGCAACCUUUAAAUUCUGAAUUCUGUUCUUCACACCACUACUGAUGGCAGGUGCUGGAAGUACAAUGAUUGACUAUGGCAUGAUAAUCACGUUACAUUCAGAAUAAUACAAUUGCCAGGAAGUAUUUCACAUACACAGCAGAAUUCCCACGAUAAACCUCCUGCUAAGGCAUGGAUGAAGUUUGCCCUUGUGGCCUUUGUGUUUCAUAAAUCUACCUGUAUAUGUCACUUGCAGAUGAAGGAUUUUAGUAUUUGAAUUUACCGUGGUUGCGGGGUGGAGGGAGGGACAUGUGCAUGCUGGGUUUUGCCAGUAAUCCUUUGGAAAUCCUUUAGUGCCUUAAGGAGGCAGAGGGGGAACAGACCUUAGGAUUACAGAAACUUUUUCAAACCUCUUUCCUGCUUUAGCAGAAUUCCUUUAAAACAUAUUGUGCCUUUGGCUCCAAACAUAUUUGCAUUAGAAACCAGUAGCCAUGGGAUUAUGGUCAGGAAUUUUUGUCCCUGCACAAAUGUUAGGAAAGAGAGUAUACUGUUUCUUAUGUAGGAUGUGAAUUAAAAACAUAGCUAACUUCAGUUCUGCCACUGGGAUGUGUGCAUAUGAGGAAAGCUGCAAGUUGCAGGUCAAGCUGAACAAGGGAAAAAAAAAGAGGGAGAAAGUUUAAAUGUAGUGGAUGAAAUGCUGGUACCACUGAAGUGACUGGCAAAUUUCCACUGACUUCCCUGGGACCAAGAUUUCAUGCUUGCUGCUACUUGGCUUGAACGCUCAGAUCUGAUAGAUACUUAGGCAUCAUGCUCUCUUUAAUGUUGUCUAUGCACGUAGGAGAGGAAAAGAGAGAUUAGUAGUUGUGGAGACCUGCCUUGAUUGGGAGUUGUUGAGAUCUUCAGAGAUUUAUACCAACCCGUUCGCUAUUGUUUCUCUGUGUAACAUAGACUCUUGCUACGGGAAUAUGAAUAUGCAAAUGUAAAUUCCAGUGUGAGAGGUUACUGUGCAGUGUGCACUAACUGACACCAAACAACUGCAUUUCUGUACUCUCUGAACUGUGGUUUUUUUUUUUAAAGCGGGAGAAUGUAGUUAAAAGUUGAAAACAGCUCCUGUGGAAAAAAUCCUGUAUGAGGUAAUUCAUGUACUCACUGAUGGUCCUAAGCAGAUCUUAGGAAAAGUUGAAUAAGCUUUCAACUCAUGAGUUAAUUCUAUCUUUUAGGAAUUAAGAGCAAUUUCUUGGUACAGCUAAAAAACAGGGGGGAAAAAAUUGAGGGCCUGAAAAUCAGAGCAGUGGUGGUCUUCUAUUUCGCUCCCUGUGAUGAUAAACAAGUUUUAAAGAAUAUGUAAAUAGUUAAAGGAAGUCAUCACAUAGCUCGCAGUAUGUAAGACAAAACCCAGCAUGGAACAGUUUUUUAUAAGUUGUUUAUAAAUUACACUUCCGUCUUUUGUUUGGAACUUGGAAAAAGAAACCACGUAAAUUAAAUAAGGAGUAAAGACUUGCUGCAUACAUUUGUUUGACUGAAACAAAGAUAUUUCCCAACCCCCUGAGGUAUUAAUGAGUAGUCUGGGCUGAAUAAUGUACAGAGAUCUUGCCUUUUGAGCUCUAGUGCUGUGCAGCUAUUUAACUCUUCUGCACAGCCAACAAUGGAAUGAUAACCAGAAGUCAUGAAGAGCAGCUGUUAGGGCCACAGAUUGGGAUCCAUUUGAAGAGGUGCCAAAGAACUCACAAAAAGCCUCGGAGUUAUGGUGUGAUACUUAUUAAUCAGAUGUACCAGCUAGACUGGGGAGAGAGGGGUGUUUGUAAAUAAAUGCAAAAAGUUUAAACUCCGACCCGUGACCACCUUGUAACCAGGUGUCAAAUUGGUCUCAGCUAAGUGAGAAGCUUCAAUAGUAUGAGAGAGGCCACUCUUCUUGGAAUCUGUUCCAUUAAAACCUUCCGGAUAACUUUUCAGCAAAGAUUUCCACUCUAAGACAUUUGACAUGUAUAUCAACUGUACAUAUGUAUUAAUUUUCAGUGUAACUAGGGAGGAUACAGAAUUGUAAUGAAGUCACAAAGUCUACUUGAUGAUUAUCACAGAUUUGUAACUCUCACUUAAAUGAUGUAAGAUAUGUUGACAUUUUAUC